UCUCUACUUUUCUUUCCUUAAUAAGAUUUCCUGGCCCAGUAGGUAAGCAAUUUUUUCAAGGUCACAUUGAGAUCACUCAGGGCCACCGCCACCGCUUGCGGCAGCUGCUGCCGCCCACUCUCCGCCAUGGCUUCUCUCUUGCUCCUACUUUUACCGGCACUGUUCCUCAAUCCUUUAUGCCAUGCUUCUCCUUCCAUUUCCAAUGAAUCAAUUGGGCCAAAACCCAGGCACUCGAGCCUUUUCAAAAGCGCGUUACAACGUCAAACUGCUCCCCAAGAAAAAAUUGGACUUUGGAUGCCACUAGCCAACCAAGGAUGGAAACCCUAUACCAAUUCGGUCCGCGUCUCACCGUUAGAUGGAAACUCUGAGGGGUACCUUCAGGUGUUCCUUGAUGGAGGAUUGAACCAACAGAGAAUGGGGAUAUGUGAUGCAGUUGCCGUUGCAAAAAUUCUGAACGCCACUCUUGUGAUUCCUCAUUUGGAGGUAAAUCCAGUUUGGCAGGAUUCAAGCACAUUCAUGGAAAUCUUUGACGUGGAUCACUUCAUCGACGUUUUGAAAGAUGAUGUGUCUAUAGUAAAGGAGUUGCCUGAUGAGUUUUCUUGGAGCACAAGGGAGUAUUAUUCUUCAGCUAUUCGGCCAACCAGAAUUAAGACAGCACCUGUUCAUGCUUCUGCAAACUGGUACUCAGAGAAUGUCUUGCCCGUUCUUCGGAGUUAUGGGAUUGCAGCAAUUUCGCCAUUUGCUCAUCGUCUGGCAUUUGACAAUAUGCCAAAGGACAUCCAGUGUCUCCGUUGUAAAGUCAAUUUUCGGGCACUGAUUUUUGUACCUCACAUCAGAGCCCUUGGAGAUGCCCUUGUUCAUCGCCUCAGAUAUCCUGAAAAUGAGGUUGAUGGUAGUAAUGUCAAUCCCAACAAAGGGACCGCCGAGAAGUUUGUUGCUGUUCAUCUUCGCUUUGAUAAGGAUAUGGCUGCUCAUUCAGCUUGUGAUUUUGGUGGCGGCAAGGCUGAGAAACUAGCCCUAGCCAAGUACCGGCAGAUAUAUUGGCAAGGACGAGUCCUGAACUCUCAAUUUACUGAUGAGGAGUUGAGGAGUCAAGGUCGGUGCCCACUCACCCCGGAAGAAGUUGGGUUAUUACUGGCAGCUUUAGGAUUUGACAACCGCACUCGCUUAUAUCUUGCUUCCCACAAGGUUUAUGGUGGGGAAUCCCGGAUCUCAGCCUUGAGAAGUUUGUUUCCACUCAUGGAGGACAAAAAGAGCCUUGCGUCUUCAGAGGAAAGGUCUCAUAUUAAAGGAAAGGCUUCGUUGCUAGCUGCAGUCGAUUACUAUGUCGGAAUGCACAGCGAUGUUUUCAUUUCUGCUUCCCCUGGAAAUAUGCACAAUGCAAUGGUGGGGCACCGGACGUACCAUAAUCUGAAGACCAUACGGCCCAACAUGCAACUCUUAGGUCAGCUCUUCCUGAACAAGAAUAUGAGCUGGUCUCAGUUCCAAGAGGCUGUGGUUGAGGGGCACACGAACCGGCAAGGCGAGAUACGGUUUCGUAAACCGAAUAAAUCUCUGUAUGCGUACCCUGCACCGGAUUGCAUGUGCGCCACCACCACCACUUCUUGAACCUGUUUGGUUUCUAUGGUUUAUUGUGAUGACCUUAUAGACAUAUAUAUAUUUAGUGAUUGAAUCCUUUUGUGCAUUGUCACAGUUGUAAUAAAACGCCACCUCCCCUCUGUAUGUGUGUGUUCAUAUCGAUACAUCUAUAUACUCCGUACUAUAUAGGAAUAUUCUUAUCUUAUAAUACCACCACUUUUGUGUUGUUUUUAAGAUCUUGUGGGGUGUAAAGUGUGUACCAUAGUACCAUGCUUUUGUUAGGCU